AUGCUGCCCCGCCAUCUCCGACGCGCAGUCCUCUCGCAAGCAACGCCCACGCACAUUCGCCUCGCACUGCGCGCGCACGCGGCACCGCUAACGCUUUCGCGGCCGCUGCCGCCGUUUUCUGCGGUGCUUCCCGCAUCAAGCUCGUCCUUCCACUCGUCUGCGCGUCGCUCGAACGAGCCACCGAAGAGCCCGUUCCAGACGUUUGUGGAAGUUCUGCGAGAGGAGCUCCGCAAGAACCGCGAGCUGCAGGACAAUGUGAAGCAGCUGCAGGGUGACGUGGAUAAGUUCCAGGACUCGGAGGCCAUGAAGAAGGCGAGAGCGGCCAUAAAAGAGAACCCCCGGCUACGUGCUGCCGCGGAGGAACUGCACAAUGCUGGUGUGAAGGUCGGAGAUGCAGUCUCGGAAGCACUGCGGACGAUGGAGGAGAGCGAACUCAUGCGUGCGAUCUCGAGAGCAUCCGCUGCCGUCUCAUCAACGAUUGAAAAGACCACCGAACCCAUUCGCCAGACACAGGCGUACAAAACUCUCGCUGAGACUGUGGUCGAUGCACUCGACGAUAGCGGCAGUGCGAAGCACGCAGGCUUUGAGGAGAAGGAAGCACGGCGGAGAAGGCGGCAGGUACGGCUUGCGAAGGCGGGCAAGGACAGCAUGACAAGCGGGCGCGCGCGAGUAAAGGCAGACCCAGACGCGGGCCAGGCUGUCGUGCUACAUAAAGAUUCGCCGCGGCAGGAGCGCUGGAACCGUCUGAAAGAGACGAGCCCGCUCCUGCGCCAGUUCGGCGAGCUUCGCCAGCAGUUCGAUGAGUCCGAGAACCCGGUCGUGCAGAGCAUACGCUCCGUCACCCAGACGAUAGGCUCGUGGUUCGACGAGAACGAGAGCGCGCAGGUGCAGAGGUUGAUGAAGGCUAUGGACCCGACGUUCAACCUUGAGGGCUUUGAGCGCGAGUUGCGCGAGUAUAUCGUGCCCGAGGUCGUCGAUGCGUACUUGAGCGCUGACCAAGAAGCUCUCAAGGCGUGGUGCGGUGAGGCAACUUACAACGUGCUCUGGGCAACUAUGGAGCAGUACUUGAAGCAGGGUUUGAUCAGCGACAGCAAAGUGCUUGAUAUUCGCCAAGUAGAGGUCUCGCAAGGCAAAAUCCUUGAGAACGAUAUCCCUGUCUUUGUGAUAACGUUCGCCACGCAGGAGGUGUUGAUUUUCCGGAAUGCCAAGACGAGAGAGAUUAUCGUCGGCGCAGAGGAUCGCGUCGAGCAGUGUCAUUACGCUGCCGUUAUCACCCGUGUAGAAGAGGAGCUCGAUAACGAGCUCACCGGUGGAUGGAAAGUUGUCGAGAUGGCACGGAGGUCGGCCCGGGCGUACCUCUAA